CCUGGGCAGGCAGCCCUGGGGAACGUGAAUGGUCUUUGGGAGCCGGAAGGAGGCAACAGAGGCGGCGGCGCUGGCAGCCCCUGGACUGUGGCUGGCUUGUGGGGCUCUAGCAGGCCCUUGGCCGCCCUAGCUGCUGCUUGCGGAGUUGGGGGCGCGCCUGCUUUGUGCCCCUUGCUGUGCAUCACUCUUGACUGCUGGCAGAAGGAAAGAAAGAGAAUAGAAGCUGGUGUGUAUAUAUAAAUAGUCUGGAUAUAUCUAUUCCACAGGUGGGUGAGGAAAUUUUGCAAGCAGGAAGCAAAAUUCUUAAAUGGUAUUGGCUCCUUGAAAAGCUCUAACAAUGGAUAUAUUUGGAGACCUGAGGCGAAUGAACAAGCGCCAGCUCUAUUACCAAGUCUUAAAUUUUGCCAUGAUUGUGUCUUCGGCUCUCAUGAUAUGGAAAGGCCUUAUCGUUAUUACUGGGAGUGAGAGCCCCAUCGUAGUAGUGCUCAGUGGCAGUAUGGAGCCAGCCUUUCACAGAGGAGACCUGUUGUUCUUAACAAACUUCCGCGACGACCCCAUCAGGGCUGGGGAAAUUGUGGUCUUCAAAGUCGAAGGCAGAGACAUUCCGAUUGUGCACAGAGUAAUCAAGGUUCACGAAAAAGAAAACGGCAACAUCAAAUUUCUGACCAAGGGCGAUAAUAAUGAAGUCGAUGACAGAGGCUUAUACAAAGAAGGCCAGAACUGGCUAGAAAAGAAAGAUGUUGUUGGCAGAGCACGAGGGUUUUUGCCGUAUGUUGGAAUGGUCACCAUAAUCAUGAAUGACUAUCCAAAAUUUAAGUAUGCUCUCCUGGCUGUCAUGGGCGCAUAUGUACUACUGAAACGGGAAUCGUAAAGGAACAUGGGACGCCUUGCACGACUCAUGAGCAUAGAUAUACGAAGAGAUACUAAUAUAUUUGAAACGUCCCUGUGUCUGUAUAUAAUCCGUGGUGUGCAAACAAUAUCGUAUUGUCCAAAUGCAUUUUCCUGUUCAUCUCGCAACCCUAAAAGCUUUGUGGAUGAGCCCAAUUGGUUUCAUUGGAAUGAGCUUUUAAGUGUUCUUACGGCUGCGGCCUCUUUGGAUCACAGCAACGUUCAUUGGUGUUUGUUAACAAUAUUGUUUGAGUUCCUCCAUGUCCUCACGCUUGCUGUCAACCAAGAGCAAUGGCAGAAAUACCGGGGGGUGGGAGUGGGUGGGAACGACCAUGCAAGCUUUAUUGUGUGUCUAAGGGGAUAUUGGUUGGGGGGCGGGGCGGGGGGGCUUGAUGAAAAGUUCCCAAAAGUAGAAUAUCAAAUCAGCAAAACAGAUCAGCAUGAUUGUUUUGAAAGCAUUUUAGACAGUAGCUUAACCGUUUUGAAUAUUGAGUGAAAUUCAAAGGUUCCCUUUGAAUAUCUCUCCACACAAAAAGAUCUGUUUACACCCUUUACACCCACCCCAUUGCCAAGUGGUUCAAGUAGUCACAUGCAGUCUAGUCUUGAGAAUGAGAUUGCCAAAUAUCCCAUGGUCCUGUUACCAUGCUUCUAACCAAGGUGGAGUUUUUUUUAAAGAAAAAAUGGUUUGUUGAGUAAAGGUUGCACGGUGGAGCUUUUUGCAAGAGUGGUACUGUUGAAUCAGGCUUGCUUGAGCAAAGCAGCAUGACAAUCUUGGCAUACAGUAGCACUAUUUGAAGUGAGCUCCUUGUGUUAUACGUCAGCAGAUUUCAAAGGGCCCAUACAGGUGACCAAACUCGCCUGGGUGAGUUCCAGGUUCCCCGAGGUAGCUUGUUCAUCUGCGUCAUGAUCAAGCGGCCAGGAGAAUUUUUACUAAAGACAUGUGAUUUAGAACUGUCAUGUGUAAUCAGGAACUAUUCCCAUGUCUGUAUACCCAGGAAAAUGUCUUGUGUGAAUUAGUGAUGCAUGCAUCUAAUUUCUUGGCAAGCCUGAUGCAUGAGAUGUAAGCUUUUGGGAAAUGAUUCAGAUUCAUAGAGGCCUACUGGGAAGUUGGUGGUGCUCCCAGGGCUAGAACUGUAUGUGCUUUGGGGCAGAAUUAAUGUAACUUCCUAUUGGCAAAUCCAGAAAUCGAAUAUUCAGAGCAGCUUCUGGGCAUAGAUGUUUGACUUACAUUUUGACACAUGUAUAAAGCUUCCCAAAUUGCUACUUCUGUCUUGGUAGUGACUUUUUUUUUUAAGGGGGGCAUCUCAGUCAAUACCAUAUGUACCCCAAGUAAGCCAUGAAAGUAAAAUACCUGGGACUGGUGCUAAGCUUGACACCAUUUGCUGGUAACAAAAAUAAAUAAAACCUUUAUUGAGAACUUUCAUUAUUCAACA